AUGGCGGGGUCGGGAAAGAUUAUAGCUGCUGUUGUUUCAAUUCUACUUGUAGUAGGAGUUGUUGUUGGUGCCGUGGUGGUUGUGAACAACAACGGCAGCGGCAACAAUGGAGGAGAGUUGAAGACGUCGAACAAGGCGGUGAGCGCAGUGUGUCAAAGCGCCGAUGAUCAGAAGCUCUGCCAUGACGUGCUGACACCUGUGAACACAUCAAAUCCCAAGGACUACAUCACGCAGGUGGUGAAAUUCUCCACGGAAAGCGUGUUGAAAGCCCUUAACAUGAGCGACAGGCUCAUGGUGGAGAGCGUCGCCAACGGCACCAGCGACGGAGGCGUCAAGAUGGCUCUGGACGACUGCAAAGACCUCUUGCAAUCGGCGAUCCACGAGCUUGAGGCCUCCGGCGUGUUUGUGAACAGCCAAUCGCUUCCGGAAGUGUUCACAAACAGUGCCGAGCUGAAGAACUGGUUGGGCGCCGUGAUCGCCUACCAGCAAUCUUGCCUUGACGGGUUCGACACCGAUGGGGAGAAGCAUGUCCAAGGUCAGUUGCAGAGCGAGAGCUUGGAUAGCGUGAUGAAGCUCACCGCCUUGGCCCUGGAUGUUGUCGCCGGUGUCUCUAAGGUUCUGUCUGAGUUAGGGCUCAACUUGACCAACAGGCCCGUUCGUCGCCUCCUUGGGCUUGAUCAAUAUGGUUUCCCAACAUGGUUGUACCCUCAUGACCGUAAGCUCAUCAAUGAGGCCAGCCAGGGUUCCAUUGUUCCGAAUGCUGUUGUUGCCAAGGAUGGUAGUGGCCAGUACAAGACUGUUUUGGAAGCCAUUAAUGCUUACCCCAAGAAACACCAAGGAAGGUGGGUUAUCUAUGUUAAGGCUGGUAUCUACGACGAGUACAUCACCGUCGACAAGGCCAAGCGUAACAUCUACAUGUACGGUGAUGGCCCCGCCAAAACCAUCAUCACCGGUCGCAAGAACUUCGCUGAAGGUGUCAAGACUAUGAGGACUGCCACCUUCACCACCGUUGCUGAGGGAUUCAUUGCUAAGGGUAUUGCUUUUGAGAACACCGCCGGUCCAGGUGGACACCAAGCAGUGGCCCUCCGCGUGAUGGGUGACCGCUCAGCCUUCUUCGACUGCGCGUUCCGUGGCCACCAAGAUACCUUGUACGCCCAUGCUCAUCGUCAGUUCUAUCGCAACUGCGAAAUUAGUGGCACCAUUGACUUCAUCUUCGGCUACGCUUCAACCUACAUCCAGAACUCCAAGAUCAUCGUGAGGAAGCCCAAGGCAAACCAGCAGAACAUCAUCGUUGCUGACGGUACCGACCAGAAGAACAUGCCAUCGGGUGUAGUCCUCCAUAACUGCCAGAUCUUGGCAGAGCCAAGCCUGGAAGCAGAGAACGGGAAGGUGAGAACCUUCUUGGCAAGACCGUGGAAGGCGUUCUCGAGGGCAGUGUUCAUUGAGAACACCAUCGGUGGCUUCAUCAACAAGGAGGGUUACAUUCCAUGGUCAGCAGCUGCCCCUAACACCGAGCACGCAUACUUUGGUGAGUUCGGGAACAUUGGAGCUGGUGCCGAUGCUUCUGGAAGGGUCAAGUGGGCCAAGGGUCUUAUCUCCAAGGAUGAGGCUUCUCAGUUCACUGUUGACAAUUUCCUCCAAGCUAACUCAUGGUUGCACGACACUGGUUUUCCUUUUGAUGCUAGCUUCACCAAGAACUAA